CUAACUAAGAGUUGCCCCCUAGCCCUAUUUCCCCUGUUUUCCUCUUCUACUGUUUUGGGCAACCACUAUUUGCUCCAUUUUCUUGCAUCUACUCCUCUAAAAUUCAAGAUUAGGUUAGGGUAAAACCAACAUUUACCGAUGUUGAACGAAUUUGUAACCAGCUAUUAAAUAACGUGAGGGAAUUUGAACCCUUUUUGUUUUUUGAAGAUGAAGGGUAUUUGCACUUUUUUUUUAUAUUCAUAGUGACUACUGAAAAAAUUAUUCUUUCAUUUGAGAAAAUGUGCAUACCACAACUUCUAUUCUUCUCCUUCAUCCUGUGUGCAUAUGUAGGCAAUGGAGAAACGGACACAGAAAAGAACGCUUAUUCACCACGGGUGGCAGACACGACGGUUUUUGAGGGAGAUGGGGGAUCAUAUCACAGUUGGUCAAGUUCCAAUUUCCCAUUACUUGGUGAGUCUAAGGUUGGUGCUGGAAUUCUUCUUCUGCAUCCACAUGGCUUUGUUCUGCCCCACUAUGCAGAUUCCAAGAAGAUUAGUUAUGUUCUUCAAGGGAGUUGUACAGUUGGAAUGGUGUCCCCUAGCGCUUCCAAAGAAAAGGUGGUGGUGAUUAAGGAAGGAGAUGCGAUACCAAUACCUAUUGGACUAGUCUCGUGGUGGUUCAAUGCUGGGGACUCUGAUACAGUCAUCGUAUUCAUCGGGGAAACUUCCAUAUCUCAAAUUUCAGGCGAAAUGACCUAUUCCUUCUUGACCGGGACUGUAGGUGUCUUGAGGGGUUUCUCGACGGAAUUCAUCUCCAAAGCUUAUAACUUGAACCCAAACGAAGCAAACAAGCUGGUGGAGAACCAAACAGGAGGCGUGGCCGUCAAGCUCAGCGAAGGAAUUCAAAUCCCCCAGCCACAAAAUUACGCCGAAAACUAUGAUGAAUUUGCUUCGACUUUAACAACAGCAGUCGAGUUUACAUCACUUGAACAAGUCGGACUCAGUUUCAAGCACGUCAAGCUUGGUGGAAAUGCAGUGUUCCAGCCUGCCUACGUGACGGAUUUGGUUCAAGUGGCUUACGUUAUCAAAGGCAGCGGAAGGGUCCAAUUUGCCGGUGCCAACGGUGAGAAAUUGCUCGACGCGACAGUGAAGGCAGGUGAAUUGUUUGUGGUUCCGCGGUUUGUUGUGGCAAUAGAAAUUGCAGAUGCGCAAGGAAUGGAGUAUUUAUCAGUCUUAACAUCGUCAAAGCCUGUGAUUUGGGAGUUAAGUGGCAAGACAUCAAUUUGGAAAGCUUUCUCCCCUGUGAUUCUGCAAGCUUCUCUGUCUGUCAGUCCAGAGUUUGCCCACAUUUUCUUGGCCAACACGGUUCCCAUGCCUACGAAGAUUGAACUCUAAUCAGAUCAGAUCUUAAGCAUCAGGAUCCCAGUGAAGCAUUGCGAUUUACUCAUUCUUAUAAUGUUGUAUUUGCUUUCUAAGAAAUAAAUUGACAGUUGAGCUCU